AUGGCCUCCAUUCCCCAAGCCCUCUGGUCCACCCAGAUCCCCCUCCACAUAACCCACCCGUCGCACCCGAACACGCCGCUGAUAACCUCUCUUCCGCGCUUCUCCUACCUCGCUCUCCUGGUCCCGCGCUGCUCCGCCUUCUUCCGCACGCCCGUCUCCGCCUUCCACCACGAGGACCUCCUCCUCCGGAACCUGCCCCUCGGCCUGCUCGUCGACCUUUACCAGCCUUCCCUGCCCUGGCGCCUCACCGUCAGCGACGGUGACAGCUGGGACAUUGGCGACACCUUUCUAAAUUGCGUCAAAGAAGAUUCCCAAAAGCCCAACCUGAGACCGGGCACCAACCGCCUAACCUCCCCCAACCAGGCCGACUUUGUCCGCUACGGCAAUGCGAAGCGCAUAAUACAACGACUACGCAUCCUUCUCCAAGAUCAACGCCCUCCUCCUCAACGCCCCACGCCCCUCCGCAACGUGCCCUUGCGGGUGUACAUCCCCUCCUCGCCCCCGCCGGGCACCUCGUCCCCGUCGCCCUCGCUCGCCUCGCCCGCGGCGGCGUCCCCUAAACCGCCAACCUCACCGUUGCCGGCCUCGCCGCAGCAGCAGCAGCUCGCGCCACCAGCCCCAGCCCCAGCCCCGGCAUCCGACCAGCCCUCCGCGGGCGCCUUCAAGGUCCUCCAGGCCCUCGUGCCCCCGACCGUCCCGGGCACCCGCAACACCCCGCAGACCCUGGGCCGCGCGCUGCAGUCGCACCUCCCGUCCCUGUUCCCCUCGAGCCGCGACCCGGUCCUUGCCAACGUCGUACUCCACGGCUCGCCUGUGCCCUUUUCAGCUCCGCUGGAGGACCUCAUGCGCGAGGCGGCUUACCCGGACGGGUGGCUUUGCCUAGCCGUCGUUUUGCUGUAA